AUGCAGAUAAUUGACUUAUUUUUUCAAGCUGUACUUCUAAUUUUAUUUAACAAAUGCCAUGGAUUAAAUCCAUUAUGUAAUAUUUACGAUCCAUUCCGAAUACAACCAGAUGAUAAUAAAUAUCAGAUCGGUGCAACGUUUCCGUUGCACGAAAAAGACUGCUUAAAAUUACGAGUGGAAACAGUUCAAGAUAUUGUAGCUGUUCAGUGGGCGCUUACACAUUGGAAUCAAAAUUCAAAAACAAGCCAGAUGAAAACUGGUCUUUAUGCGGGUGAUACUUGUUCAAAACCUAAAGAAGCUAUUUCUCAAACUCUCAAAUUUUUGGACUCGCUUAACUUUUAUGAACCUGAUGAAUGCAACACAAGAAAUCAAAAUGUGCGCAAUCUUCUUGGAUUAAUUUUACCAAAAGAUGCUCUGUCAGCAAAAUCAGUUGCUUCAAUUUUUCAAACUACACCACUACCACUUCUAACAUACAGUUAUAAGGCAGCCGAUGUAUUAGCACAAAUGAAGUUUCCGUAUUUUGCAACAACUGCUCCAACUUUAGACGUUUUCAUCGAUGCGUUUAUUAGAUUAAUGAAAAACAUGAAUAGCAACUUGGUAGCAAUUGUUAGCAGGAAUGAGGACGAAAUUCUGGUAAAUUAUAUUGUUGAAAAAUUACGACAAAAAAACAUUUUUGUCUCUGAACUAAUCAAUCCGAAGAUUGCGCAUUUUGAUCAAAUUAUACAAGAAUCUGAUAGCCAGAUCAUAUUUACGCCUUUAUCCAGAUCUGAGAUAGCAAAGUUACUUUCUGGCACAAGCACUGGAAGUGAUAAAACAUGGGUUAUCAUUGAGCUGGAUGCAAAUGAACAGCGGUCUGGAGAAGAAUCAUCGCAGUCUUCAAUAAAUUCGGAUACUCAGAUAAUAUAUCUUCGUCAACAACAACGUGAUUUACCUCAUUUCAAAAACUAUUUCUUGAGAGUGCUGAAAAACAAUUACCAAUCUUAUUCUCUGCUUAAUUCACUUAUGCAGCAAAUGUACAACUGUACAGUCGGAGGUGAAAACAAGGAUAAUGAUUGCUCCAAAGUUGACUUGCAAACAAUGGCACUUACUUACAAACAGGCAUCAACGGUUGAAUCGGUGAUAAGAGCUGUUUAUGCAUUUACUGCAGUGGCUAUUAAAUUAGAAGCAAAUCCCAAAAUAUCCGGAAAAUGUAAGAAGCCAUCCGUAGAAUGUACAAAAUUAAUCAUGGAAGAAAUAGGAUCAUUAAUAUAUGAGUUUGAUUCGAAUGAUCCAGCUGAAUUGAUUGGAACAAAUUUACAUUUUUACUUGGAAUCAAAUACAACACUUAUAUCAAAUGGGAUUGUAAUUGAAGGAAUAGAAGUCAUAAAUGAUGAAAAAAUGAAUCCACGAGAAGUUAAAAUUAUGGAAUAUGAAACUGGUCUUAAGCCAAGAUUUGCAAUGACCUCACCUCAUCGUAAACCAAUUCAUUCUGCAUGUGCUCCUUAUCGGCCGUAUUGUGGGCAAUGCUCUUACAUAGCAAACAUUGAUCAAAAGAGGUUUUACUUACCUGAUCCUCGGCCACAUCCUCUAUAUAUUACUGGCUUGUUUAAUUUUCAUGGUGGUCGCUCUUGUCAGUCAUACAGAAAUUCAGACAUAUCUCUUCCACUUGCUUUCCUGCACACAAUGACGACUUUCUCACAGAGGUAUUCAGAAAUUACCUUACUUCAAAAUCUUGAAAUUGGUGCUGUACUAAUAGAUUCAUGCUCGUCAGCACGGAAGGCCCUUGAAACUGUCGUACUCACAGAAAAUCACUGCUUCACUAUUGAACGUGGUGGUCAUAAUGAAUAUUCAGGAUAUGCAUCGUCUUUAUAUGGUCGAGUAGCAGAGACACUGAAAGGAUUAUUUGCUUCGGGAGAUAAUUUACUGAUAUCACUAGAUGCCGAUCAUGACAUAGCAUUUAAUGCAUUUUCUGCGAUACCAUCUAAAAAGCAUGAAACUCUAGCGCUCUUAUUACUGCUCAAAAAAUUCUCAUGGGAGUAUAUUUCAAUCGUUAUUUCUAAUCAGGAAAGCUCUUUAAUGAGUACUUAUCGACUAUUUGAAAAAUUGGCAAUGGAGAAUGGAAUCUGCAUAGCUGAAGUUAAAAUAGUAAAUGGCGAAGAAGUUGAUUCAUUGUCAACUGCUAAUGUCACUAUACUUUUCACCACAGCGUCUGAUGCAGCAACGUACUUUGCCUCAAAAUUCCGCAAAGAGUUGCAUUAUCCUCAUGUACACAUUGUAAUUGGUGAUGCCCACGACUUCUAUCUACAUGAUCCAUCCAAUAUUGCCAGAUUUGUUGGUACAAUAUCUUUACAACCAAAAGAUGUGAUAUAUGAUGAAUUUCGAACUUGGUUAGAAGAAGCUACACCACUUAGUUUAACAGAAGAAUGGUAUUGGGAAUAUGUAGAGAACAGAUGGCAGUGUGCUUUGUCAGAAGCAAAUCGGCAUUUUUAUGACGGAAAAAUGUGCACUGGUGAUGAGUUACUAGACAUACCCAGCUUAGGAAGAAUGACGAAAAGCGGAUAUUUGGCACUCGGUUUGGAGCGUUUCUUGUUUGCUCUUGACGCUGUUUACAAGCAAUUGUGUCCUGAACAAAAUGGAGUUUGCGAAGCGUUUUAUGUGAAGGGUCGUGAGCAAAUUUCCAAAAUCCUUAAAAAAGCGCAUAUUGAUGAUGAUUUUGAUAUUUACGAGUUCUUACCAGAUGGACAAGGCUCAUAUUCAUACAAAAACAUUGGAAACUACUCAUCUAAAAGUGGUUUUAAAUUUUCUGAAUCUUAUAGAUAUUUUGAUGUUCUUGGAAAUCAAAUUUCAGAUGAAGUGUCGCAUUUAAGGAUAAAAUCACAAUGCAUUUCAUCGUCGUGCAAAUGCUUUACGGGCAUGAAGUCAAUGCAAAUGUCAUCUUCAGUGUUUGAUGAGAGUGCUGCAUAUGCUGGGUCAUAUAUCCGUCGUGUGCCUACCAAUGAUGCUUUUCAUCAUAUUCGAUCAUUAUCUAUUUUGGAUCGAUUGACAGCAGGUCGAUGGCGAUUGCAAACAUGGAAUUACGCUUUAGCAGCUAUAAUUACGGUUAUGGUGAUCGGUGCGAUUGGAGUACUGCUUCUUGCAAUAAUCAAACUUUAUUUGCGAGUGAUUAAAGGUAAUCAAUCGUUAGGAUUAUCACUUCUGAUUGGAGUAAUUAUCCUUUACAUCACUGGAUAUGGUUUUGUGUUCGAAGCUACAGAUAUCGUUUGUCGAUUUCGUAUUAUAUUACACCCUGUUGGUUAUGCAUUUUGUUUUGCAGUAAUAAUUGCUAAAGCAACACAAUUAAAAAAUGCUGAAUCAAUGGGAUUUUCUGAUGAUAUUCACAUUAGUUAUUGGAAUUACUGGCUUCUGUUGUUCUUCAUAACAGGAGUUCAAAUUGCGCUUUCAUGGUUAAUGAUUGAUUUUGCAUCAGUUGUAAUCGUGGAAGAUGAACAACCUCAUUUAGUUUGUCGCUAUGGAAAUGAUGAAUUUUUGUUAUCUCAAUCCUAUGUCAUCAUGCUUUUACUUCUGGCACUGUACAUUAGCAGUACGAGCAAAAACAUCAAAAGAAAUUAUAAAGAAACAAAAUGGCUUUUCAUAUCGUCUUUGAGUUGUGCUGUCUUGUGGAUUAUGUGGAUUACGGCAUUUGUUUUGGUCCCAUUACCAUAUAAGGAUACAGUGAUCGUCGUUGAAUUACUUCUGUGUGCAUCUGUUUUACUUGGGUUUGUUUUUGGUCCCAAAAUAUAUAUAAUGCUAUCCUACGAGUCAGUUGUUGUUGAAAUGCAUCCUCAGCACACAAUGAAAGAUUUUGUGUCCGACAACGAAGAUUCAAAGCAAACAUGUUCGCCAUCGAGUAGUGUAGAGUCUAGAAAAAGUCGCACUCAGUCAACAUGCAGUGUUACUAAUUGUAAAAACUUAUCAGCCAGCAAGAGACCAGAUGCAGAUGAUGAUCAGAUUCCAAUAUUUCGCACCGUAAUGCGAAAAAAAACACAUUUGCGAAGAUCACAAUCCGCAGAUCGACAAAAUUUAAAUCGAAUCAUUCAGCAACCAUCACUGCCAUCUAAAGUUAUAAAGUGCCAGUAUAGAAAGGAAGGAAAUGGGAAUUAUUUUCCUCACACUACUCAUGCAAGCCGAAUGAGUGACAUUGCAAAAAUUUGCUAA